GCCGCACAGUUUACCCGGAGCCAGAGGCGGCGGAGCUCGGCAGCGAGCGGGGCGCAUUCCGGGGAGUGACCUGCACGCAGAAGCCGGAUCCCCCACCAUGGACACGGACUCCGGGGACCUCAGCGAGGGGGAGCUCUCCCCAGGGCCUGAGUUAUUUAGCUCAAAGAGCUUUGCAGUUCAAGCCCAGAAGAAAAUCCUGAGCAAGAUGGCGACAAAGACUAUGGCAAACAUGCUUAUUGAUGAUACAAGCAGUGAAAUAUUUGACGAGCUGUUCAAGGCGACCAAGGAGCAUGUAAAGAACAAAAAAGAGGCGCAUAAAAUUCUUAAGGAUGUUAUAAAGGUGGCUGUGAAAGUUGGCAUUUUGUACAGGAACAACCAGUUCAGUCCAGAAGAGCUGGAAAUUGUGGAGAAAUUCAGAAAAAAGCUGAACCAGACCGCAAUGACGGCUGUGAGUUUCUAUGAAGUCGAGUACACAUUUGAUAAAAAUGUGCUCUCUGGACUCCUUCACGAUUGUAAAACUCUUCUUCACGAGUUAGUGCAGCGCCACCUCACACCAAAAUCUCACAGCCGAAUCAACAGGGUCUUCAAUCAUUUUGCCGACAUGGAAUUCCUUACAGCACUUUACAGUGUUGAUGGGACCUGCAGGCCAUAUCUCAAAAGGAUAUGCGAGGGGGUAAAUAAACUGCUGGAUCAAAGGGUCCUUUAAAACAUUGCCUUCAAGACUUUCAUGAUCUGGGUAAUUUUAUUGGCAUUCUCGGUGGCCAGAUAGCACAGCAGAUGUCUGUAUAGGAUGCAUUGUUUGAAUGCUUUUUUGCAUUUGGAUUUUCAUGUAUGCAUUGAAUGGGCAUUCAUCCGCAACCAUUACGUUGUUACCUUAAAUAAGGAGAUAUGGAACAAAAAAUGUAUCAUCAAUAACUGAAAUGGUAUAAAAUACGGGACCACUGUUAAACGCAUUAUGAAAAAAAUACCUUGAUGUUUGUUAGUGGACAGUAUUUGACUUAUUUAUUUAAAUCAAUGGCUUCACAAGUUGCUCAGUGUUAUGUUUUAAAUGACUUCUAUAAUCCUAUAAAAACAUGCAGCUUCUCAAUAAAAGUGAAGAUAUUGCAUGA